GAGCGGCUGUGGAUCAAUGUUUUCGUGAAAAUUACCCGCCUGCCACUCGUUAUGUUGGUACCGGUUCGAGUUAUUUUUUUAGAUUGACCCCUUCCCCCAACCAGAACCUGCGACACCAGAGAGGCAGAGACAGCGACUUCGCCUCGUGUUCCUCUCCCCGGCGGCGCUAGGGUUGCACGCCCGGCGGCGCUACACCUCGCCGGCGGCGCUCCAACUCCCCGGCGGCGCUCCUAGCCGGUUGCUCCUCUCCGGCGACCACCCCUUCGGGCCUCUGUUCUCAUCUGGACGCAAGCAACAACAGCAAGUGAGCUCCGCUCCUCUCCAGUCAAUCACUUGAUUUUGCAUCCCUGCCGCCCUUGACUGAUCUAAUGGCUGAUAAGGCAGAUUGGUGUGAUGCCAAUGUGAGGCAUUUCAUUGAUGUAUGCAAAGGAGAGAUAGAUGCUGGGAAUCGGCCGAUGGGAAUGUUCACCAAAACUGGUUGGAAAAAUCUUAGAACUAAGCAUGAAGAAAAAACAGGCCAGAAGCUAACCAAAAAACAAUUAAAGAAUAAGUUGGACAAUAUGAAAAAGGAAUAUACAUGGUUCAUGGAGUUCAAGAAUUAUGCCACUGGGCUUGGAUGGGAUGAGGCAAAGCAAACAGUUGACUGUUCUAAGGAAUGGUGGGAUGAACACCUUGCUAGAUGUAAUAAUCCUGGAAAAGGUAUUAAAUGCAACCAUGUGAGGUUCAGAAAACAAGGACCCAAGCACCUUGAUGAUCUACAUAUAUUGUUCGAUAAGGUACACGUUAGCGGGGCUACUGCAUCCUGUCCUGGAGAUAUAUCCUCGGAUGAGUCAAGUGAUGAUGAUGUGGUUGAGGUACAAAAAACUGUUGAUAAUGUUGAUGUGAAGCUGGCUGCGUUGAAGAAAUCAAAACUAGGAAAAAGGAAGCGUAAGGACUGCUCUACUGCUACUAAAGAGAAGGAUGAGAAGAGCCCAUUCUUUCGACUGUACAAGAACACAUGUUUGAAGAUAGAAACUGCAGCAGAGAAGAUCUCCACAAGUGUUGAAGCAUCAUCGACUCCUCCAACCAACCCAGUCCCUAGUAUUGCAGAGGCCAUGAAGAUGGUGAAAGAUUGUGGGGUGCAAGAAAAAACUGCACUAAUGCACACAGCUACCUUCCUAAUUGUGAAGCCUGAAUUUAGGGAGGUCUUCAGCUUACUAGAAACAAAUGAAGGAAGGCUAGAUUUGCUUGAAAGGGAGCAUGAAAAGGAGUCGAUUAAGCGGAUGUAGAACACUUUCAGUGCCUUUAUUUUCAGAAUUGUAUUGUGAACCAAUAUUUUUUUAUUUCCCAAUGUUAAGAACUAUAUUUUUUCGUGAGUUGUGUUGUGCUUGUAAUGUACUAUAUUAUUUGCUUCUAUCA